GGUAACACUGGGAAUAAAUAAGCACAAAAUAAUCAGCACACAGCCAUCGUAAACAAAAUACUGUUAAGCAGAUUAGUCCCCACUUAUCCCGCUGCGUUUAUUCGCUUUCCAGAGGCACAGUGUGCACUAAGUUGCCUCCUCCAUCCUCGUCUUGGUUUCUGUUCGCAAUCUCCUCAGAAUCGGAGAAUCGGGUGCGCAACAGCAGAGUCUGCGCGCCGUUAACGGUGUGACACUGUGCGAACGGAGAGGACUCAGCAGAGCGCGGAAGAAUAAUGAUCCCGCGCCCGUGAGAAUCGAAUUGUCUUUGCGCCCAGCAAUGAAUAAAUAAACAGGGCGGUUGGAAAACCCCCGGGCGGAUCGGCCAGUCGUGACCACGGGAGACUACGCAUGUAAGAUCGUUUCAUGUCAAUUCAAGUGCAUGAGAAGACCACCAGCCGCAUAGUCGCUUUCAGAAUGCAGGCGUGAGAAGAAACGUACUACGGCGGGGGAAUUAAAGUGCGACGACGGGCGAGUGAACGGCACCCCCACAACAGUCUUGAGGGCCAGGGAGUGCGCGCGACUGCAGGGCACCAGCAUGUCGAACCGAAAACACCGGGACAACCAGGAGAUAUGCGCCCGCAAGGUCCGAGAGCUCGCCCAGACGGGAGUGAACAAGCACUGCUUCGAGUGCAACCAACCCGGGGUGACUUACAUCGACAUCACCGUGGGCUGCUUCGUAUGCACGUCAUGCUCCGGAAUGCUGAGAGGGCUCAACCCACCCCACAGAGUUAAGUCUAUUUCCAUGACAACCUUCUCCCAACAGGAAGUGGAGUUUUUGCAAAACCAUGGGAACGAGGUGAAUGACAGGUCUACUAGUAGCCUACAUAAGUGA